AUGGAAGAGCAAAUUGAAACCCCUUAUAUAAUUAGAGGACUUGUACGUAACUUUUCUCAAACAAAACAGCAUGACAGGUUUGAUCGAGGUUGUCGAAGCUUUGUCUUCAAACUUUCCUUCGCAAACAAAACAGAUACGAUUGCACAAAUUCAUAGCAAGAGACAAGCUUCCUCCGCCUCCCCCUCCCACUUCCCGUCUUACACUCUUUCUCUCCCAUUUCACUUCCAUGACACGUCUCCUCUCCCUCCACACCCCAAAACCCUCAUUCUUUCUCAUCCGUUUCCCUCCUCCCCUUCCCCCCUCUUUCGCUCGCUUCAAAUCUCCCCAUCACCGAACCCACCAUUUCCCUAUCCUCUCCAACAAAAACAGUUCACCAAUCAAAACUUUCCAUAUCAACAACAACCACCACCACCACCAAGAACCCUUUUCCCUGGCGGUUACAAACGCCCCGAAAUUAAAGUCGCCAACAUUGUCCCCCAGCUGGACUCCGAGGACGUCAUUCGUAGCGGAAGUGAAGCGUCGGAUUUGAUUGAUAAGGCUGUGUCUAAGUCGGUAGGGAUUGUGGUCCUCAAUGGUGGCAGUGAUGGUGAUGGUCGUGGUGGCAGAGGGAAGAGCCUUUACGAGGCAGCCUUUUUGGUGAAGUCAGUGGUGAGAGAUCGUGCUUAUUUGUUGAUUGGAGAACGUGUUGAUAUAGCUGCUGCUGUUAAUGCUCGUGGUGUUGUGCUGUCUGAUCAAGGGCUUCCUGCCUUUGUGGUAAGAAAUAUGCUGAUGGGUUCUAAAUCUGAAUCAGUUGUUCUGCCUUUAGUAGCCAGGAUUGUGCAAACACCAAAUGCUGCAUUGAAUGCGUCAAAUUCUGAAGGUGCUGAUUUUCUUAUACAUGUUCUCGGCCUAGAGAAAGAUUUUGAUGUAGAAAUGAGCUCUGGAUUUGGGAAUGUGAAUAUACCAAUCUUUUCCCUUUAUGCUUCUCGUGGGGAGGCCAAAGUGUCCAUGGGAGCAUCAAAAUUUGUCAAUUUUGGUGCUAGUGGUUUAGUUUUGUCAUUGGAAGAUUUGAAGUUAUUUAGUGAUGAUGAUUUGAGUCAAAUGUUUGACACUGCGAGUGCAACAGAUAAAAAAUCUCAGGAUGAGUUCAAAAGCUUCAGCAAGCUCAAAUAAUUGGAUAUGGAAAAUGAUAUUCAUGAGAAAAAAACAGUGGCAGGCUUUGUUAUGGAGGAUAGAGAAAAACAGCUCAUAGAAAAAGAGAGAUCAAUAUUGCUCGAAGCUAUUGAUGUUAUGCAGAAAGCUACUCCUCUGAUGGGGGAGCUUUCACUUCUCAUUGAUGUGGUAUCUCGGAUUGAUGAGCCAUUUUUACUGGCUAUAGUGGUAAUUGGUGAGUUCAACUCUGGGAAAUCAAUUGUUAUUAAUACACUUCUUGGAAAAAGAUACCUUAAUGAGGUUGUUGUUCCUACAACAAAUGAGAUAACUUUCUUAUGCUACUCCAAGAUUAAACAGAUGAAUAUUGCUGAUACACCAGGGACUAAUGUCAUUCUCCACAGGCAACAGUGUCUUGCUGAAGAAUUUGUGCCCCAUGCAGAUUUGCUUCUUUUUGUUAUUUCUGCUGACAAGCCAUUAACUGAAAGUGAGGUUGCUUUUCUUCGUUAUAUUCAACAGUGGAAGAAGAAAGUUAUUUUCAUGUUAAAUAAAUCUGACCUCUAUCAGAAUUCCAGUGAGGUUAAUUAUAUACUUUUUUCCAUAUUAUUUUUCAAUAUUUCUUGUUAUCCACACCACUCAAGCUACUUACAGGAGUCUACUUUUGUUUAUGUGAUUUUAUGUAGCUCGAGGGAAGCUAUAUUGUUCAUUAAGGAGAAUACAAGGAAAUUGCUGAACACUGAUGACAUGAUAUUAUAUCCUAUAUCUGCUCGGUCUGCUCUUGAAGCAAAACUGUCAGCUUCUUCUCAUACUGGAAAAGAAUACUCUGAAUUAUUGGUUUCUGAAUCUCAUUUGAAAUUCACUAGAUUCUAUGAACUUAACAGUUAUUAUAUAGUUGAACAGUUCUUAUAUAGUUUCUUAGAUGCCUCAACAACAACAGUAAUGGAAAGAACAAGGCUUAAACUUGAAACCCCAAUUGUGAUUGCUGAACGUUUACUUUCUGCUUGUGAAACUCUUGUGAACCAAGAUUGCCAAUAUGCCAAGCAGGACCUAACCUCUGCUACAGAAAUAAUUGAUUGUGUGAAAAAGUGUGCUACAGAGUUGGAAAAUGAGAGCAUCUCAUGGAGGAGAAAAACUAUGCUGAUUGACGUGACAAAAUCUCAUGUUUUGGAGCUCUAAGAUUCAACCCUACAAUUAUCAAAUCUUGAUCUUGUUGCUUCAUCUGUAUUCAGAGGAGAAAAGUCUACCACAAUGCUGACCACCUCAAAGAUUCAAAAUGAUAUAAUUGGUCCUGCACUAACAGAUGCACAAAAAUUGCUUGGAGAAUACGUGAUAUGGUUAAAAUCAAACAGUGCUCGUGGAGGGAAACUAUACAAAGAAUCAUUUGAAAAAUGAUGGACUUCAGUUGACUAUCCAACCUCCCAGAUACAUUUAGAAACCCAUUAUUUGGCGAAACAAGUUGAACUCAGCAUGAGAGUGACACAGGACUUCAGUGCUAGGGUCACUUCAAAGCUAUUUGAAAAACAAAUACACGAAGUGUUCCUUAGGACUUUUGGCAGACUAGGAGCUGCUAAUUUAUCUGCUUCACUUCUGACAUCAGUACUGCCUACGAUUUUAGAAGAUCUUCUUGUUCUUGGCCUUUGCACUGCUGGAGGGUUUGUAGCAAUUUCGACUUUUCCAGCCCGUCGGCAAGCAAUGGUAGACCAGGUAAAUAGGAUUGCAGGUUGCCUUGCAGGUGAAGUUGAAGAGGCCAUGCAGAAGGAUCUCAUGGAAACUGUUGGAAAUUUGGAAAUCUUUGUAAAAACUAUUGGCAAGCCUUAUCAAGAUGCAGCACAAAAAAGACUGGGCAAACUUUUAGAUCUUCAAGAACCAUCAAAUGUUGAUAAAAAAACAUUGACACUACGCAUUGAAAUACGAAAUGUUCAUGUAUCAUGACAAAAUGGAUUUAAGUUUAAACUUCAUCACCUGCCAGUUUCCCUCAGCUUUUUUUUUUUUUUGGAAGCAAGUGCAAAGCUAUUAUAGUACGAAUAAAAACACUGUUUAGCAAAUCUAUGCUAAUGGUGACUUCAGUUUAUUGAUUA